AUGUUCCAUCUCUUCUCAAACCUCCCUCCAGAGCUCCGGCAUGAGAUUUGGAUCGAAACUUUGCCAGCAUCACAAGUCCACUUUUUGACUCGUGGCCCUCCUUAUCAAGGAGAGUCAAAGGGCGACGACAUACCUCUUUGGCUGCAAAACAUUAUAUCACCACCAUUACCUGUCGCCCUAAUGAUCAACAGAGAAUCGCGACGCAUUGCCUUGGAACAUUAUCGGCUGUUCCCAAAAUAUCCCCCACAUUUCUAUCCCCCCGAACAGAUGCCUUACGGGUACUUCAAUCCCACGGAAGACAUUCUGCAUAUCCCAAAUAUGAUGCGCAGUGAUGAUUGGAAUUUUGGAAACACACCGUUUCAUACAAUCACCUUUUGCGUCCAGGAAUACGACAAUCCAGCCCAAAUUCCUGAUGAACUUCCGGAGACGAACGAGGAAGCACAAGAAGACAUGACCUCAAACCUGUCAGAGGAGCUUAUCAAAAUGGCUCAACAGAGACUUUCCUUGGGAUUAGUCCGCCCUGGAGAGUCGUUUGCGCCGAGAAUCAUACUCGUUGCGAUUGAUAGACAACACAAGCAUCACAGCGAUUGCCGUCAUAUUUGGCCGAUUGGUAGACCGUUUUGGAUCAUGAGUUAUAGAAGGAGGUUAGGCUUUAUACUGUCCAGAAAGAUGCCGCGAACGAGACCAGCUACCAGAUGGGUUGCGGAGCUGCGAAAAGACAUAUCCGACAAACUGGAUGACGAGACAGAUAAGAAGAGAUAUCUCCCAGAGGUCAAGAUUGGGAUAAUGCCUCUCAUAUGUGACUGCCCCGAGGUAGCUGAUACGUUGAGGGACGGCAAAUAUGGGAAGGGUGUUAGAUAUUUGGAGGGGUACGCCCGCGAGUGGUGA